GUUGAUUUUAUUCUGAAGAAGUACGGUAUGAAACAUUUGUUAUAAGCUGUAUCACUGUAAUGAACAUGGUUUUAUUAUAUAAAAAAUAUGGUUAUGGUAAUUAAUGCCCCGGAUCCUUUACUAGUUAAGGAACCAAAAAUAGUAACUUUUGCAUUAAAAAUAUUUUUCAUAUUAUAAAUAUAUUUUUUGACUGCACAGAUUAUAAGAUUAAUAUGCUAUAUUUGGUAAGUUAUACCAUAAAUAUGUUAAAGAAAGUAAAACGCAACAUUGAAAGAGAGUCUUUGAUAUUUGAACUUUUGAAGAUUAUAUAUAUUUAUAACACUAUGGAAAAAAUAUAACCAAUGUUUGUAGGAAAGUUAAUUGGAUAAAUAUUUUAAGAUACCAAAUAGUUUUUCUUUUACUUCCAUUUUUUUUUUAAAUUUUUAAAUAAAACUUAGUCUCUCCAAUUGGGUUCCCAUUUUUUCCCGCCAAAAUAUAUAUAUAUAUAUAGUGUUCCUUUUGGAGGAGCUAAAUGCUUUCAAUUAGAAAUCACACAUUGAGGUUUCAAGAAAUUCUUUCUUUCUUUCAUAGAAAUCUCUUCUCAUUUCUUUCAGGGUAGAAAAAAAACCACUUUGUUUAUUUCUUCACUUUCAAGUAGAAACACGUUUCACUUCUUAUUUCAUCACUUUCAGGUGUCAAGAAAUUCACACAAUCCUCUCUUUCAAGAAGAAAACUCACAUCAAUUCUUUCACAGUUUCAAAAAAUGGAUCAUCAGAAUGUAGGUCAUCAUCAGGUAGACCAGAACCUUAGGCCUAUAGUGGAGCCAUACCUCCCCCAAAAUCCUCACUUUAAUCAAGCUGUUCCGUUGAUUGGCCAAAAUCUGAUGCCAAUAAUAGUCUAUCAGCCAUAUCAUAUUCCUUUGGCUGUUCCGUUGAUUGGCCAAAAUCUGAUGCCAAUAAUAGUCUAUCAGCCAUAUCAUAUUCCUUUGGCUGUUCCAUUGAUUGGCCAAAAUCUGAUGCCAAUAAUAGUCUAUCAGCCAUAUCAUAUUCCUUUAGAAUCUCAGAAUUUAAAUCCUAUGGCCCAACCGUACUUUCCACAACCAUAUCAUAUUCCUUUAGCAGAAUCUCAGAAUUUAAAUCCUAUGGCCCAACCCUACUUAGGAUCUGAGAACAUACCGGGACCCUCUCAUGCCCAAACUCAAGCUGGACCGUCACAACCUCAAAAUGAGAAGCCAAGAGGCUUACCUCACGUACCUGCAGGAAGAGACUAUGUGAUCAAGCCUGGUCAUAUGUUCUCAAAACGUUACGAAGAUUUGUUUCCAGAACAGUACAAAGAUUGUGCUAACUGUAGGCCAAACAACAAUCAUUUUUCGUUUCGUGCAAAUUUGGUGCAGCCGGAGGACAUUUGCGUUCGGUGUUUAGUUGCUGUUGGGCACUGGUCCAAAGACCUAUAUGCUGAUUAUAUUGAUGUGAAGAAACAAAAUAGUGCUUUCUCAGCCCAUUCGAAGAUUACAUACAAAACAGAGUUAUGUAAGUUUCAUCCCAACUGCAAUGAAGGUGUUGAUUGUGUAAAUGCUCAUGGGGAAGCUGAUAGAAGAGUGAAUCAGCUUGAGCUUAAUCCACAUGUGCUUGCUGCUGUAAUGAGUGUUGUGGAGGAUGACAAUCCUGAGUAAUUUCAAGGCUUAGGGACUUCAGAUCUGGGAAAAUUUGUUACUGUACAUUUUGCUUUUUAGUAUUUUUACAUUUAGGCUAUUGGAUAUAGUUUAAGUUGUUUUCAUUGUUCUAUUCUCAGUUGUUUACAUUUUGCUUUUUAGUGUUUUUACAUUUAGGCUGUUGGAUAUAGUUUAAGUUGUUUACAUUUGUGUUGCUUUUACUGAUGUUUGUUAAUAUUACUUUCUUUGUGAGUUUUAUUACUUUUUGGGUUUGUUUGACAGUUUUAUUUCAAUUUUAACUUCAGAGAAGGGAUAACAUCAGAGAAAUGAGUCAAGUUCAUGUUUUUUACAACCUAUACUUGGCCAAGUAUAUGUUAUGCAGAUUUGCAAAAAAUGGAAUAACAUUAUGUUCAUGUUA